AUGAUUUCGCUUCAAGGUUUAUUAAUUCUACUCAGUGUCCCAAUAAAAUUACUAUUGGUGAUUAUAAAAUACCCAUUCUUUGGUGGAGCCAACGAGAAAUUCAAAAACAGUUUGAUCAAUUCGUUAAAAUUACAAAUUUUCAGAGUUGGUUUGAAAUUGUCAGUCAAAGAUGCUCUUUACGUGGGGAUUAUGAGCAAUUACUUUAUCAUUAAUAGGUUAUUGAAGACAUUGUUCCCAAACUUGACGAAAUUGAACAAUUACGGAAAGAGAUUCGAUAAGCAGAGUAUUUGGCUUGUUGAGGCUAAAAAUAGAACCAAGUCGGAUCCAGUUAUUAUCUAUUGUCAUGGAGGGGGAUAUUUUUUGGAGACUCAACCAUCGCAAAUUGAAUCGGUCUUGAGUUUCUACCAUUUACUCGACGAGGAAAAAAAAAAAAAGACUUCGGUUUUGAUCCAAGAGUAUGGUUUAGUCGGUACUGGGAACCUUGUCGGUUCUCAAUUGUAUGAAUUUGUUGCCACCUAUGAUAAAUUAGCUGCAGAGGGUAACGAUAAUAUAGUGUUGAUGGGUGAUUCUGCUGGUGGAAACUUGGCUAUUGUGUUUUUACAAUAUUUGAAACAACAAAAGGACCCCAAGUUGCCAUGGCCCAGAUCGUCAGUUUUGAUUAGUCCUUGGGUCAAAAUUGUACCCGAUUUGCAUCAAGAUACUCCAGGCCAUUCAUACCACGAGAAUGAACACCGUGAUAUGCUCCAAAGAACUGUUUUCACAGAUGAGCGUCGUAUUCAACUACUUGGCGAUACCAACCAUGCAGAUCUUUUGAUUUCGCCAGGGAAUCUCGAGUACAAAUCUAGUGACUGGAGCGACAUCCCAACGUUAAACAGUAAAGGAUACUCGACAUUCAUUGUUGUUGGUGAACACGAAGUUUUCCGUGACGAUGUUUUGGAAUGGGCCAAGCAUGCAGUUAGAUCGCCUUUAGUGCCACAAAAGCAGGACUCGCGUGGAACAUUUGACUCCAAGGUGCAUGAAUACAAGACUGAUGGUAAGAAUGAUGCAUAUGUUGAUAUCGCCGUUGAGCCAUGGGGUAUACAUGAUUCGGUCUUGUUCUUUGAAAACACCAUCCUUAGAAAGUUAAAAAAAAACCCUCACUUGCAAGUCAAGACUUUAGAUAAGGAGGAGUAUUUUGGUGUCAUUAGAAUAGUUGACUUUUUGAAUAAGACAUUGGUUGUUGGUGCCGAAGCAGAGAAGUUGAAGAUUUUACAUACGACGCAAACAACCAAAUCAAAUGGGAAGGCAGUUAACGAUAACGUCAAGGUUGUUGUUGACAAGGCUAGUAAUAUAAGUGAUGGUGUCAAAGCUUGA